AUGUCGUCCUCAUCCACUCAAGUAGAAAGAGCAGCAGAUAGGUCAUACCACCCCAAGGGAUAUGGCAUGUCACCUUCCCUCCAACGAGCUAGGAAACCAUUCGUACUCACCAACGUCCUCAUCGGUGGGACGCUAUUCGCAUUCGCCGUGGGGGUUUAUGUAUACUCCAUAUCGGCGGUUAAACAAGAUGAUUUCUCGGACGUGGAAGAUCUUUUACCUCCAUUGGAAGAACGACGUAAAAUAGUAUCCAUCGAAGACGAACAGCGUGCUUCCAAAUCCCUACAAUCGAUUGCCUCCGCUCUACCUCUCUCUUCUUCCCCUCCUCCUCGAUCACAAAGUGCGAAUACGCCGUUACCUUACGCUACAUCAACCGGAUCAUCACCUUCGAAGGAUAUCCCUCAACCUGACUUGUCAGGCGCUACUUUACCUUUACUGGAGAGUAGGCCAGGAUCAGGAUCGGGAUGGGGUAUAAAGAGGAUAAGUGAAUUGGAAUGGAUACGGAAAAGAGGGUUGGUAGAUCCCAAUGGGAAUGUGUUAGUGUGGGGUGCACCAAAUGUCGAUAGGAUUGGAAAUAUCACCGCUGACAAGAGCGGGAAGAGGCUGGUAUAA